GGGUGUGACUUCGUCGUGACGGCGCAAAUGAGUGGGAAGGCGAAUGUGACCAAUCUGGUGGAGAAGUACGACAACGAGCACACCGCUAGGUAUCAAGCCGAUGUCACUUUCAGAGUGCCCUACAUGAACGUACGAACAAUUGUUGUCCCGAAGCAAACCGAUACGGACGUGCCUCUAGGCCCGGGUGAGACCUUUGAAGGCACAUUCGUCGUCAUUGAAACUUUCGAAUCGUCCGGCGAAGAAUCC